AUGUUGCUUGAAAACAAGGGAGCAAACAUUGAUGCACUGUACAUGUACAUAACACCACUACUUCGGGCAAUCUGUCUUAACGACGCGUACCUAGUCGAAUACUUUUUGGCGAGUGGCGCUGACUUAUCCAAGCGAGACAGGUAUGGUCGUUCGCCCCUGCAUUAUACAUCUCGACUCGGAAAGUUGGAGUUAGCAAAACUAUUGUGUGAGUACGGAGCCAGAGCCAAUAUCACCGAUUACUCGGGUGUAUCACCAUUGCUGGAUGCCUCGAACAAUGGAUGCAAAUUUGCGGAACUCUUAUUGCGGGACGGAGCCAAUGUGAAUACGGCAAGCAACUUGCGUGUCACCCCUCUACACGUGGCGUGCUAUUUGGGUUCUCCUGGUUAUGACUUGGAUUCUACUGGCGCUGCUCUUCAGAUACAUACUCCGGCGCAGUUCAUACGGGACGUCCGCGUCACGGAUGGCCUGCACAUCCGCCACACUGCCCCACGGCACAAUACCCUGGGACUCUGCCAGCGUGCGCAGCCCCGUCCAUUCAUCCAAAACGUCCAGUGUGCUGGUGGGGGACGUGAUGCAGAACUCCUCAACAAACGCAAAGGGCCAGUGUUGCAAGGCACCCAACCGGGCCACCAGGUCCGGCGGCCACACGGUGUUGGCGCUGGCGAGUAG